AUGGUGUCCAGCAGUUCAUCUAGCUGCAACUUUCCUGCUAUCUACAACUUUGGGGAUUCAAACUCGGACACCGGAGGCCGCUCUGCUGCACUCACACAAAUUCCACCUCCCUACGGCGAAACCAACCUUGGCAAUCCUCCCAAGAGAGGUAUAAUCGGUUUUCUUGAACUUGCUGCAGCUGAGAAACUAGGAUUACCAUACAUGAGUGCAUACUUGGACUCCGUAGGGACGAACUUUGGACGCGGUGUAAACUUUGCCGCAACAAACAGUUCAAAUCUUGCAAUUCAAACAAACGUGACAGUAGAUCAAACUGUCGCUACAAUUCCUGGCAUCCUUGACGCAGCAAUACAACAACUCUAUGGCGAAGGAGCAAGAGCUUUUUGGAUACACAACACCGGUCCAAUUGGAUGCUUGCCUUUCAUGGCUGUGCCAUUUAAAUUCAGAAAUGGCACCCUUAACCAGAAUGGCUGUGUCGCUUAUCAAAACGAUGUCGUUCAAGAAUUCAAUCAGCAGCUUAAAGAAAGGGUAAAUAAUCUAUCUGUGGCUGCAUUCACAUAUGUCGACCUAUAUUCAGCCAAGCUAUCGCUGAUAAGUGAUGCUAAAAACCAAGGUUUUGUUGAUCCACUGAACUACUGCUGUGGUACCUUCGUGCCGACAUUCGUGAUGUGUGGACUGUCAGCACACGUAAAUGGAACCACUGUUCAUGGAGAUGCUUGUGGCGAUCCUCAGGAUCAAAUUGGCUGGGACAGCAUACAUUUCACGGAUGCAGCAAAUUCGUGGAUCUCUUCACGCAUCCUCAACUGUUCCAUGUCCGACCCACCUUCACCAAUCUCCAGUGCUUGUCCAUAACUUACAGCGUCAAGAUUG